ACGCACGUGUAGACUCAACGACACUGUUAUACCCCGUCUUGUCGAAAUCAUUGUUUGUUGCCCAGACCUGGUUGAGGUUCUGAAACUUCUAAAAAUCAUACUCGAGUCAUCCAUCGUAUUCGUUCAGCGCUCAACAACCGCGUAAAAUGCAUGUAAAGAGGGUGACACUGACAUCCAAGAAGAACUGGUGGAUGGUGGAGCUUGAUGAGAAAGAGAACAAACUUGAAGGGUCAACAAAAUCAUUCUCAUCGUCAGAGGAGACGGCAGUAGCACCCGAUCCCUUACACCGCCACUACCAUCACAACAAUAACGACACCCAGAAAUCCUCCUCGCCAAACCCUUCACCACCCAUUUAUAACCCACCGCGACAUCCAACGUCCAUAUUUUCAUUUCCCACUCCAACAGCAUACUGUGCACCCCCUAAUCCUACCGCCAAUCUCGCGCCUGUGGCCCAGGGCUCGGCAUCGGAGCUCUUCAAAUGUAUCGUCAAGAAGCCCGACGUUGUACAGCUUGAAAUCAAUGGAGAGAUGCAAUCCAAUGCCUCAGACGUCACCACCCAGUUUCUGGCAGAGCUCCGCGUGUACACCACUGUCGCACGUCAUCGUAAUAUAGCCGCAUUCCUCGGAUGUUUGGAGAAUGUCGGUAUGGUACUCGAAUACAUAGACGGCCGUACAUUGUACGACGUUAUUCGCGCACGACCUGAGCUUUCUAUCGCACAAAAGAUCGAUUACCACAACCAACUAUUAGCAGGCCUCACGCAUAUGCACUCCUAUGGUUUAAGCCACGGAGAUUUAUCAAUGCUAAAUAUUCAAGUCACAAACUCGGCAAAUACCAUUAAGCUUCUCGACUUUGGGCGCUCAGUAUCUGCGGAUUCUCUAUUCUCUUCACCUUCAGAUGAACCAGAAGAUCCAUUUGCACAUAUACGAAAACCUAGCCCACCACAAAAGGGAACAACGAAAAAGGUGGAGCAAAUACACCCAGGAACGCGCCCAUUUGCAGCUCCAGAGGUCCUACGCGGUGAGUGUAGGGACCCGCUUCUCGCAGAUGCAUAUAGUUUCGGCAUGAUUCUGGUGUGCAUCGACCGGUGCGAGCUGAUAGAUCUAAAACCAUGGGAACAGCGAAAGGAUCUUCUACCUACGGGGCUCUUCGAUGGGUGCGUGGUCUUCGAAGUGCGUGCGAGGGAGUAUCUGCGCAAGUGGGAUACGAGAAGGAGGCUGGAGAAAACCGACGUGAUGACGGUGUAACGAAACUGGUCGUUCAGGUAUAAGACUUGCGCUUUUACACAGGACAAAUGUCCGUUCUUUACAGUAAUGACCCACCUUAACGGACGAUAAAAACCAUACCUCUUUCACGACAAAUUUCCCCCACUCCGUUCUCCACGUGUUUCAUCCACUAGCAUACAGUGUACUACAACCCUUUUCAUCCCCACAUGUUAUCUUGCACGUCUUGUCUCUCUUGGAGUCCAUAUCGUUACUUACGGGUGACUUACACCACUGGCACUCGCCCUUUUGAUUUCGUAUCUCAUUCUACGUUUCUGGUAUUGGUUUACGGUUGGGCCGCAUCUGUAAUAACACACUCUACUUGAGGACCGUAUUUUGGGUCACUUUUCCAUACUAUGCAUACUUUCCAAGGGUUAGAUUUUGAUUA